AUGGACGCACUCGCAAUUACUCGUGUUUGCCUUCGGGUUGCAUUCGCAAUCGACAAUAAAUAUGGCUACGUACCGCUCUCUGAGACCGAUCCAAACUACGUUGCCGAGAUCAAUCGUGAGAAAUUGUGCCAGUUUCCACCAUGCAGGUGUACCAACUGCAACAUCGAUUCUGGGAUCAAACUGAUUGAAAAUCUGAAAGAAUUAUCACGGCACAACUUUGAUGAUGUGAUGAACGAUCGGUUCAAAUUUACUGAAGACUCAAUCAUUGAGUCUAAGAAGCGAAAGCAAACCCGACGUGUUGAAAACUCACUGUUGGGGGCUGAAUCCAACAAAGCAUUAGUUGAUAAAUUCAAAAAUUACAUGCUCUUGUAUUUCCGGGAGUACUACAAUGCUCGCAUGGGCCGAUCAUCACGUUUUUCCGCCUGCGACCUAUUCCGAGAGGAACAUGUUGAUGCAAUCAUUUUGCAUUUCGAGGACUUGGACAACUUAGAUACUCUUGAGAGAAUCAUUGGCGGUGAAGUCAUAGAUGGACAGAUUCAAUUUUUAAUGAACUCAAUUGCUAAAUUCAAAAACGACCCCGACUAUCAACAACAUAUCGUAAAUCAGGAGCGACUAAAGGAAGAAGCCGAAGAGGCUAAGAAGAAGAAGAGAAGGGAAUCGGCAGCUCGUUAUCGUGCAAAGAAAAAAGCUCUUGCAGCAUCUCAAGCUAGCAUUACAACCACUACAAAUAUUCCUAACAAAUCAAACUGA